AUGGAAGACAAUUUUGAGCAGUGCUCUCCACGGCCACAAAACCACCAACAUCAAAUUCAUGAUGCGACGAGUUUUAUUUUAAUCAAUUCAGGUCGUGUAAAAAUCAAAAUGGAGUACAUUGGGAAUAAAUUACGAAGGUACACGACGUUCAGCAAACGAAAAACAGGAAUUAUGAAAAAGGCAUAUGAAUUGUCCACACUAACAGGAACUCAAGUAAUGCUACUCGUAGCUUCUGAAACCGGCCAUGUUUAUACAUUCGCAACUAAAAAGCUUCAACCAAUGAUCUCAUCUGAAGCUGGAAAAACCUUGAUACAAAAUUGCCUUAAUACGCCGGAUCUAGAAAUGGUUAAAUUGCUCGUUGUCUAUAAUGCUAUAGGCACUUGUCAAUUGAAAAGAUUUACGCGAAAAUCGAAAAUUUCACCCAAAAAUUGA